AUGACGUCAGACGCGCAGGCACCAAACACGAGCCAGGAUGGCGGGAGGGGGAACCGGAGCCCCAAGACCUUCACCAGCGGCUCGGCUCAGGGAGCCCCGCGCAGAGCCCCCGUCCCCAGCCCUUCAUCCGCAGAAACACAGGGGCCCAGCCUGCCGCGCGGCCAGACCGAUGGCCCGGGGGUUUCCGUGUCCUGCGGGGCUUGCGAGGAAGCCUUCCCGCUCAUCGUUCGAGCCCCCGGGACAUGUUUGGGUUUUGCAGGAAGGUGGGGGAACACGGCGUUCGCGACUGCAAAGACAAGACGCGCGGGAGCUCGGGGCUGGCGGAGAGCCCGCGGCCUCACCUGGAUCCGGAGGGAUCCGAGACCCCGCCUGAGCCUCACGGCGCCCGCGCACACCGCACAGCCGCUCUGUUUUGGUCUUUGUUUUACGAGGGUCUGUUUUGCUGAAAUAGAGCAAACCUGUGGACAGGAAGGGACGCAGACAGGAGGACACGUGGGUUCCGCAGGGGGCGAAGGACCAGCAUUCAGAGCAGGCACCUCCCGGCCAAGAGUCUCGUUUCUCCUUCACGUCUUGACCACCUUGGACCCACCGCAGAGGCUUUCUUCUACCAGCAGCUCCCAGCGUCCAGGGAUUAAAGCGAGGCUGUGUGACCACAGUCCACAGCACACUGUCCACGGCCACACCGUCCCAUCCACGGCACCAUCCACGACCACACUGUCCACAGCCACACUGUCCCGUCCGUGGACGCCGCCCGCGGCCGCGCCGACCGCACCGCCCCGUCCGUGGACGCCGCCCGUGGCCUCCUUGCUGGACCCUUCUCACCGCCCUCCCGGCACCAAGACGGAGUCAGGGUGCCCCGAUGUCUUCCCUCCACGUCCACAGCCAUCUUUACUCCUUAACUUAGUCCCUCCAGGGAAGAGGAGAGAGGCGCGGGCUUCCCACCCCACAUACGGGCGCUGUGCAGCGUUUGCUCCCUUGCUUCCUGACGGCCUCCUCUGGGCCUCCCGGACCAGCCUCCGCGUUUUCCCACCGCCGCCAUCCUGGCCGGUAUGCGGCCCCGGCCACUCUCGGCACGGCACCUGGACCUCUUCCAGAGCCUCCUGGUGUCUGUGCUCAUCCUUGGGAGAGAACCGGCCACUGGUCCACAAAACUGGCUGAAAGAUGUCCUCUCUCUCCCGACCCAGGGGACCAUCAGCUCCCUUGGACACUCUCCUUGUGCCUCGUAGGAAGUAGAGUGGACCAAGCAGGCUGCUGGGCAGCUCACCUGCCCCUGUGCUCCGUCUGGCCUCGGGCUCCGGCCCCUCUCUGGCUGUCCCCAGGCAGAAGCGGGCUGGAGGGUUGCCCUAAGGGGCCCUGUUGUCCUGCCCAUAGGACAGCUCCGAGAACAGGACUUCUGCCAGAGGCCCUGAUGAAGGGGAAACGCUGAGAAGGAGAGAGAUUCCUAGUCCCCUCCCCCCACGUUGUUCCCAUCAGCCAUCUUCAAGUCAUGGCAAUCAUAAGACCUCCCUCAGAGACUGCAGGGUCCCAUGCUGGGAACACAGGGCACGGCAGGGUGGAGGGCCCGAGGGGGACGCAGGGCACGGCAGGGUGGAGGGCCCGAGGGGGUGCUGUUCUGAGUCCUUCAGCAGCCCGAGGGCAGACCCGUCCCUCACAACAGAUUCUGAGUCCUGGCUUUUUAGAAAGGGACCCGCUUGCCCGUGUCCCCUGCAUCCAUGUGAUGUCCCGCUGGAAGAUGCCCCAGAAGGUCCUGGCGAGGAGGGUGAGGCCGGGGCAGCCGUCCACCUCCUCCCCUCACCCGGCCCUCCUCCACGCGUGCAGCCAGCCUCUGACCGUCCCGGAUGCACAGUGGAAAGCGGCUUCUCCAUAAAGAGCGGGGAGGGGGUUUCCCUCCCUCCGGAGCACCCCUGUACUCCCCUCCGCCGGCUCACGGCCGCCCCCUGCUGCCCAGGACGCGGAUCCGUGACCGCUCGGGACGGGGAGCCGUGGCCUGGACGCCCGCGGCAGCUUUAUUCCCAAGACACCGGGAGGGGAAAGAUCCUGGGUGGCCCCAGCGGGCGGCUAGAGGGACACGCGUGCACCACGACGACAUCGGCGGGAGGUAGGGGCACGUGAGGGAGCCUGCCACGGCGUAGCACGCCGCGUCCGCUUACACCAGCGUCUGGCUGGGAGGUCAGAUGGCUGCUCCGGGACGUGGGGCCAGGCGGACUGGGAAGGGCGCUAGGAACACUCCGGGGAGGGUCACAUUCUGAGUCCUGGGGCUGGGGGCAGGGUCUGCAUUACACAGAUGGACCCCACUGACCGACUCACCCCACUGGACACCGGAUCUUCUCUUCAGCGCUCUCCCCCAGAAAGGAGCUGCGGACCGGCCCGGAACGCAGGGAGAGAGGAGCGCGUUGCAGUGUUCACGGGGCGGGUCCUGCGUCUGCGGCUUCCUCGGAAAUGCCUCACAGAGGAAGAACCUCUCUCAGCGUGUGCGUCGGGUGCGUCUGCUGGAGAAGACUUUUCGGCAAGGACGUGAGAGAUGAGCCGUGGUUCUAACAGCCUGAGACAAAAGCACAGCCAGCAGUCCUCCAACGCCGUGAUCGUGGCCCCGCUGAGAAAACCCGAAAAGGAGGGCCUAAGUUCGUGCCCAGGUUCCUGAACACAAAUAUUGUGAGAUGAAUAAAGGUGUAUGGUUCUCCUCUAA